GUACAGGACGAGGAACUCUUUAACGCUGCAUCGGAAAAAUUGAUUUUUCUUUCUCGUCCGAGUCGAACUUUCAAAAAAGAAGAUUACGUCCUUCCAGCACGAAAACAAGGGGAAUUUAUCAGAUCCGUGAAGGUUUACUCCGUAUUUUCUCGCUGUACGGCAGAGAAAAAGAAGACGAGCAGCGGGACUUUAUCCUGGAGCGUCAGUCGGUGGUGGUGGAUGCACCACUCCCGACCUGCUUUUCAAAUACAAUUGCGCCAUCAUCAAAGAAAUUUAUGUUACACUGCAGGAGGAAACAGUCACACUAUCCAGGGCUACGGUAGUGCCAUUGCAAGAAAGUAUCUUCUUGGCUGCGCGGACACAGAGUGCACUUACAAUAGUGCCAUUAUGGCUGCGACUGUGAGGAGACCUCUGAGCAGCUACAUCUGCACAGACACUUUUACCAACAGUUUGAGAUCGAAAAUCUCCACAAAAAAGGUGUGCAACAACAUCCCCGUCAUCACCUUUAAUGUUGAGAGCAGCCGCACUACUACAAAUUUGACAAAUCUUCUCAGCAGAGGGGCUCACUUACACAAUCCGACUGCCGUCACGGGUCUCCCAUGGUGGAGGUGCACAGGCUGCACACAAGAUGCUUUCACCCCCAGCGCCGGUACUAUUCUUCGAUGUAAAAGAGCGAGAUUGCUGUGUAGUACUUCCAGCGCUUUGGGCAGCAAUAAUACCUUUUCCAACCCUGCCACUGAAAAUUCUGUCGACAAACACGACGGGAAUUUCCUCUCCAGUGGUCAUCACCGUACUGGGGCUUACCUUACUCUUGCGUUACGCGGAUUCAGCAACAUAAACAGCACUGGCCAGUUACCACAAAAUCAAAGUGCGCUGCAUCACGGACGACGAAAAUACGUUUCGAAUCACUUACUGUAUACAAUGUCAUAUGCAGGCGAAGCUACUCUACGAGGGGCAACUAAGAAUAAUAUAUAUGGAACGUUCGUCUCUCCCUCCACUGCGGGCUUGUCCAGUAGCACGGUAGACACACCGCGCGUAAGGCCGUUCGGCGCACAGAGCGACUCACUUUCGUUAAGGAGUACUCUGAAAAGCGAAAUAGUAUUUGGAAGGUGUAACUGGUUGGUGAGCGUUGAAGAAGAGGGGUUUACCUCAUUAUCACGCAUGUCCGGUGCCACCCGCAGCUUCUUCUUUGCCAAGAAGACGAAAGCAGAUAGCAGCAAAGCAGCCCCUAGCUCUGGCUCCGCCGCUGUAGCAGGCGGACAGUCCAGUGCUAACGCAAACACUUUGGAAGCUACCUCGGUACACGAAACCAGCAAAACGCCUAACCCCGUGGACACUAAAAGAAGCGGGGAAGAAGUCGAAGGCACGACUCAGCCUGCAAACAGCGAUACUAUGAGUACUAAUAUGGGCGUCAGGCCGUGGAGUACAAAAUUGAGGACGCUUCCAGUGGGUGCUGAUGUACGGAACAAUGGCGUUUCUCAGUUGGGAAUUUACGAAGACGAACGAAAACUUGUGAGUGAGGAAAGAACUUCGGCUUUCCCUUUUUUCGUCUCUUCUUCCACAAAAGGGCAGAAGAAAGACGGAGAUGCGCUUCCUGGCGCGGGUCCGACUGCCGCA